AUGGGAUCCACUAGUCCUAUCCGUGCGACAGGAACACAGUUCGUUAAACCGAUUGUGUACGGCAACAUUGCCAAGGAGCUGGCGACCUCCCAAGACGAUGAAAACACCCACGAGUGGACAUUGUUCCUCAAGCCGUACUGGGAAGAAGAUCUAUCGACUAUCAUCAGCAAAGUGGAGUUCAGGCUACACGACAGUUAUGAACCUAGCUUGAGAGUUGUCGAAAAACCUCCAUACGAAGUGCAUGAGAGAGGGUGGGGAGAGUUCAAGGCACGCAUUCGCGUCCAUUUCAUUGAUCCUUGUGAAAAACCGGUUUUCCAAGAUCCGACAGCGGUAAUGUAUGAGGCACUUACGGUGUCGGCCAAUACGAUGAAAAUCCAUGACAGCUCGAAAUUUUUCACCCAUUCUUCAUUCGCAUAUAAUGCCUUUAUCAGACCUUAA